AUGCGCCCACGAGGAGAGACCAAGAGAUCAAAGACGUUUACUGGCUGUCGGACGUGCAGACUGCGCUCGGUCAAAUGUGGCGAGGAGAAACCGGCGUGUCGACGAUGCAGAAACAGUGGCCUGACCUGCGCUGGGUACGGCAUCGGUCUCGUCUGGCCAGGUCAGAAAGUCUCCAACGGCACUCAACGUCGCAUGCUUCUCGACACGGCCCAGAGUAGUCGUGUGUUCCUGAGCGAACGCGACGUGGAUUCGGCGCUCGAAACCAUCGACUCAGCUGCGGAUGGCGCCUGUCUGACGGUCAAACUGUUCUCCGUGUUUCCAACAACCUCCUCGGUGGACCAUCCUCAGUGGAAUGCUCCAUCGACAAGCAGUGACGCGACGGGCGUGAGCCCGCCACCAACUAACCUUGAAGUCAACCACCUGGACCUUAGCCAGGCCUACCUCUCCUCGCCGAGGGCAGCCUGUUCUGUGGAUGACUUUGAGCAGCAAUGGUGUUCGCCCAGAUACCCGACGCCUCCGACCUGGCCGGGGCCCAUCGAAAUGAUAUUGCCAGCCUUGGACGGCUUCUCUCUUUUCGCCGACUCGCGCAGAGAACGGCAGUUGAUGCACUACUGGGUCACGUUCCUCAGUGGCCUGAUGACGCCGACACCGCGCGUCGACAACAUCUUUCACAACAUCUUCACCACAUUGGCUUUCCUGGCUAAGAGCACGUACCGGAAUUCACCUGCCUACCAGGCGUUCCUGCAUUCUCUGUACGCCUUUGCCGCGCUGAGCCACACAAGACUGCACGACUCAAGUCUGUUCGGGCGUGAGACUGGCGGUCGACACGUCGAAAAGAGCCUACAAUAUUUGAGUCAAGGCUUGACCUCCUCGACCCAACUCGAAGAACAACAAGCCGUAUUGGCCACCAUCAUCACACUCUCCGUAAUCCCCGCCUUCACGGGGGACGGUUCGGAUUGGCGCGUCCACUUUCGUGGAGGGCUCGCGUGGCUGCACACCACCGACAAGUCGGCCUGGAAGUACAGUCGAACGACGUCGACGCUGUACCAGUUCCUGGUAUGCUUGGAAACCUUACGCCCAGCCCAAUACAAUGUAGCCAAGGACCUGCCGCCCCAGAGGUUCAGUCUGAGGCACCCGGAACUUCCCAGCCCCGAAAGCGGCGACCGUUCAAAAUAUCUCGAUGAGGAGCGGGACUAUCAAGAAGAAGAAGAGGACGGAGGAGAGACGGACUGGUACCUCAGUGAUGUCUUUGGAAUUACCAGGCCGAUCCUGGAAAUCAUCCACCAGAUCAACCAAUGGCUCUUCGACGGCAUAUCACCACCUGCGCAGGAGCUGGAUCAACUGGAGCUCCGGAUAUACCGCAACAACCCUGAAAAGUCGCGGUUUUCGGGCCCGGAUGAGCGCUGUCGAGAGAUGGCCUGGCACCACGCUCGUGCAUUCUACUGCGCCUGCCAUAUCUACCUGGGCUGCACUUUGCGAAGACGAUCGCCCAAGGACCACAUCGUGUCCUCCUUUGUCCGGCAAGGGAUCGAGCACAUCGAGGCAUUCGGUCUUCUCGAACAAGACCUCAACGUUUCUGGCCUGAUGUGGCCGGCUUUCAUCACGGCUUGUGAGACUGAGCAGGCCGACCUCCGCCUUCGGGUCAUGAAAUACUUUGACAAGAGAGAACGGUGGGGUAUUGCAAACGUGACCGAGGCCAAGGAAGUCAUCCUCAAUGUGUGGAGGCGGAAGGAUGAGGCGCCGGCAGACCAGAAUGUUCUUUGGCACGAUGUCAUGGCUGAGAUGGGAGCCGACAUCAUCUUGUCCUGA